GUUUAAUCAUAUCCUAGACGUCUACAGCGAAUGAACCGAUGCCCAUCAUCAGUUUUCCGGAGCUUUUCUAUCAAGCUCUCUUCCCUCGACUUAUUCCACAAGGCGCUCAACUCAUUGCCUCUGCUGCUGGAGCAAUACUGGUAGCUGUGCAUGCUCCUUGGCUGAUAUAGGUAGACAGCCAUGGACAACGAAAACAGACAACAACCGAAAGCACAACAACAAAACGAGGAAUCUGCAAAAUCGAAAGGCAAGGCCACAGAUAACGAUUCUGGAAAGCCUGACUCCAUCGCCAGCAGACUUCAGGCUUCUGGCAGACUUGCUCUCCAUGCUUUCGGAACAGGUCCAGAUAUAAGUGGCCAGAGACCAGAUGGAAAAGCUAGCGCCAGUGGCAGCAGCAUUACUGGGAUAAACUCAUCUAGUACGGGCGAAGCAUCAUCGCACAGGUUGCGCUCAACAGCUCCUGGUGAAUCGCUACACUCCCAGGCAAAUUUUGUUUCUGGUGCAUCGGCGGAAGCAUUUGACGCCUUCUUCAGUGCCGACUCCAAGUUAGAGAUUGAGGAUGCCAGUCAAUAUGGGAGGCUCCCAAACCAAACUCACCAUGUACCAUCUACGCCAAGCGCUAUUCUGGAGCAAGAGAAGAUGGAUGGCGCUGCUGUAGUCAACCUACUUGAUGAUUCAUCUGGGGCACUUGAUGGUGUUUUGCUCGGAGCUCAUGACACGGACGCCGUAGAUGAGGGCCUUACCCCAGAGGCGGCUACCAAGCUGAGAGAAGCCCUUUUCACUGCAGGUUCGGCUUUCCCUGGCUUUAGCUGGGAUGACUUACUCAACUUUAACCCCGAGUUUCUUGAUCAGGCAGGACCUGAAGCAGAUUUCGAACGGCAGCUUCACUUUGGUACAACGAGUGCCGACGAAGUGAGGAAUAGCUACCUUGACCAAUGGGACAAGGUGUUAAAUGGGUAUACAGAGUAUGUCUGGGGGGAUUUAGAGCCUCUGAUAACUGAAGCUCGAAGAGAAAUCGUGGAAGUUAAGAAUCAAGGUCUUGAUGCUGUGCCUCAGACAAAGGCACUGGACCGGUUACGACAGAUUUUGGGUCAUGUCCGAGGGUUUUGAAGAAUCGAGUUACAGGUCGAUCUCAGACAUUUUGAGCAACAGUAACAAUCAUACUUGGGAUAUAAUGUAUUUGCAUGAACAUUGACUUUGACACAAUAAGUACCUAGGGCAUUGUGAACUUAAUUGAUCGAGUCG